AUGCGAGUGGCUGGCCAUUUCUACGGAAACUUUCGCAUCCCACCCGAUCUGCGCAGUCUGUGGGCCUACAUGUCUCGCGUCUACGCCGUGCCGGCAUUCAAGGUCAGUUGUCCAUCCGACCGGGAUAUCCUGCUACACCAUUUUGAGAGGGUGACCUUCCCGACGCCUGUGGACCGCACCGCAACCCAGAGGCGUAUCCUGGCCCUGGAGGAGAAUCAACACACUUUCAGUAUCCCCGCGGCGUUUCCGAACUCUCCCAGGAGCCAUACCGAAGUCAGAACAGCUGGCCAAUCAGCGGCCACGACGAAGGUCUUUGAUAAGGCCAUGGUGCAGGACCUGUCGAAAAAGCAGGUUACCUUUGGACUAAUGCCAUAG